AUGUCAGGAAUUCAAAUCAACGAAACAACUAACCUCCCCAUCUCAGCUACUGCCGAGGAGGAACUCCUCGCGUCACCAGUUAACAAUCCCGAGACCUCGAAUAGGCAUUCACCAACGAUGAAUCCCGUGGAAAACGCAACUUCACACCCAGAAGCACAAGAUGCAAAUCGAAGCACACCAGCUCCUACCGACGUCGCAAUGUUAUUCGCAACAAUAAUGGCUCGAAUGGAAGAGCUGAAUCAUCAGACAAGCGCUCGCCUGAAUGAGCUCGCCGCGGCACAACUUUCUUGCCAAGAUCAAGUCAACAUAUUACAUUCUUCAGAGACUCAAGCCCCAGAGAGACGAGCCCAAGAAAUUCAGCGCGUACAGCGCGCCUUAUUCGGAGACUCACCCGCACCACCAACAACAGAAAAUCGUCCAACCUCGAAUUGCGAUGAAGUGAACAUCGGAGCUCCCGAACACGAAACACGUCGGCUUCAGAUAAGAAACUCGCAGCAAGACAAAGAAAUGCUCGAAAUGAGGGCCAAGCUGCGAGCCAUGACUUCGCUUGUCCAUCAAGCCACUAGCUCGGCACCUGAGAUCGACCGUGUGUUGAAAGAAAGCCAAAGCACGCCGUUCAAGACCCGAAUUACCGACUUCCCGAUAAGAACUCAAGUGAAGUUCAAUCUCCCGACGUAUACAGGCAACUCGGACCCAAGCCAAUUCAUGACCGCGUUCAGCAUUCAAAUGGGCCGAGCACGAUUCACCCCCGAGGAAAAAGAUGCAGGCUUCUGCCAACUGUUCGUUGAAAACCUCGGCGGUGCGGCCCUCGUUUGGUUCUCCAAGUUAAAAGUGAACUCGAUUGACAGCUACCAAGCAUUGUCGACCGCAUUCCUCAAGAGGUACAUGAUGUAUAUCCAAGGCGCAGUUUCCAGCGCCGACCUCUACCAGAUCAAACAAGGCGAAAAAGAAUCCCUUCGGUCUUUCAUCAGCAGGUUCAAUGCGAUCGUUUCUCGGAUCACCGUGACUGACGAAGCAUCGCUGCCAGCUCUUCGGAAUGCCCUGCGAAUCGAUUCGAAGUUUCGGGACAGCCUCAAGUUCAGCAAACCCCGAACUCUCGAAGACGCGCUUCACCAUGCCACUUUAUACAUCGAAGACGAAGAAGAAAAAGAGACCGCGUCGCCAGCAAAAGCGACACUGAAGCAGCAACCUCACAAAGAUACCCCCAAACAAGAUUAUCAGGAACCUCGACAACACCUCGACAAUAAUUAUCGAGGUGACAAUCGCUGA